AUUAGGCACUUAAACGACUUUUUCACAGCUCUGCUCAGAGAUCUGACACAAGGCUGACUGAGCACCAUGCAAAUCCGCUCAAAGACCUGGUGGAAUCUCUGUCUUCCUGGUGCCGCACUGCCAGCCUCUCCCGUGCGUGCAGGUGCCUGCUUCCAGGACUUGACGCGCCACUGCUCCCUGCCUCAACAGACCAGAACUGCAUCAACGUGUGACUCAGAUAAUCAGGAAAGACAACAAGGAGUCAUUUUGUUGGACCUACUUGAGUUUUUUCAUAUUCCUCUUUCCCUUCUUUAGAAUCUGCAAGGAAACUUCACUUUCCCUGUUGCUAGUUGUCUUGAUUGUUUUUCUGUCACCUUUGUUGACUCAAAACUGACUUCACAACCUUUCUCCAGCAGGUGGUGCUUCUCAGGGGCGGCCCCCUAUCCCUCCACCCCCACCCCCAGUCCCAAUGCCCAGACUCCUGCCUUUAUCAGUUUGUUUUCAGGGUGCUGGGCCUGCCCACUGUAAGCCAAAGUCCUUUUUCUUCUCUCUGGUUUGUUUUGUUUCUCAGAAAUGAACUGCUUACAUUUCAGGAUAGCGAUUUCUUUUACCAUCCUGGCUCCCGGCAUCCUCAGCUGAUCCUGGUGCGAUGUGGCCUGCGUCGGGCAGCACCUCCCGAAGCGGGCGCCUCUUUGGAGUUUUGACCUUGCUCCUCUGCCCAUCCAGCCUGCACGGUUGCAGUUCACCUCCCAGGAUUCGACACGGAAGCUAUAAAGUUAUCACCAAGUUUCUGGGGCUCCCCACCACGGUGCAGUAUAAAUGCCAGGAAGGCUACGCACUGGUGGGCACAGCCACCCUCUCCUGCAAGUUUUUUCGAUGGUCCUCUCCAGCUCCUCAGUGUGCAGCCCUCUGUCUAAAACCAAGGAUCCCAAAUGGAAAGCUGUCUGUGGAGAGGGACCAGUACAUCACUCCUGACACCCUCACCAUCCAGUGUGACCCUGGCUACAAGAUGGUUGGCUCCCAGGUUAUCUCCUGUUCACAGCACAGAUCUUGGAUCCCAGCUGUGCCCAAGUGCAAGAGAGUGAAUACUGCUCCUUCAGAAGUCCUAGAACAUGAGGAAGUCCUAGAGGGCCAACACCUCCUGGAGUGUCUCCCAGAUCCCGGCGACUCAAAAAUGGCCCUGGAAUUACACAAACUAUCUCUGAGGAUUGAAACACUGGAGCAAGAGAGAGCCAAGGGCAUUAAAUACAUUUAAAUACACAAAGCUCUUUCCCAAAGAGGAUGGAGGAAAGCUGUGCUUUCUGGAUAGUUCCGGAGGGAAAGUUUUAGUUUAUCAGCUCCAUCAGCUCAUCAUACAUUACAGUUAAUAACUCUGGUGAAACUUGCUGGUAUAGAGAGUGAUCCUAGAACGAGGAAUUAUUGAUAAUGUGUAUCACUAUCACUCUGCCUAAGUUUUUAGUUUUCUGGAGUUGUCAGGCUAUCUGGAAUAAAUAAUUAUCUAUUAAAAA